AUGGUCAGGCCAGGCUGUCCAGUCAUUCUGCUUCACCUCUUCAGCAUUUUUGUACAAAUCAAAGGUACGAGAUUUAAUGAUAUGGGUGGAUCAUGUCAAAUUCUCCCUCUAUAUUAGUUACUUUAUAUCAAUCUUUUGAGGCUGUUAUGCAUUAUUCUCCUUUCAGCUAGCACUCAGGACAUCCUGUACCCAUAUGGACCUGGCACCAGAGAUCUAGAGACACCAAAGAUGGAUGAUGGGAGUUCCCCUGAAAUCAAUUUGCUCAUUUCUUUCAUCUUCUUUAAUAUCCCCUACCGUUCCAUCUAUGUAAGCUUUAAUCAUAACUGUCAAACUCUGAUUACCGCCUAAUCCUAUAACUUUUAACGUUACAUUACUGCCAUGUCCCUUCACAGGUCAACAAUAAUGGUGUGAUCUCCUUCAAUGUGCAAGUGAGCCAGUUCACUCCAGAGGCUUUCCCGUUGAGUGACAGCAGAUCAUUCAUCGCUCCACUGUGGGCAGAUGUGCACAAUGGCAUUCGAGGAGAUGUUUACUACAGAGAGUCCAUUGAACCAGAAAUACUGGAAAGAGCCACACAAGAUGUGCGGAAGUACUUCAAAAACAUGCCCUCCUUCACAGCCACCUGGGUCUUUAUUGCGACAUGGCACCAAGUCACCUUCUAUGGUGGGAGUCAGACAACCCCGGUAAAGUCCAAACCCCGCAAACUGAGAAACUGCUUGUCAGUAAUGAUGAUGAUUGACUGCCUAUGUUAAAUUUCACAUUCACUGUUAUAACACCCAAUUUAUCCUUUAUCCUUAUGUAUUAAGACAACAAUAGUUCAAGAAGUUCAGAACAAUGUCAAAGCAGAAAAAUACUGCAAGCAUGGUUAGUUCAGAUAUUAAAGGGAUAGUCCUUAUUUUUUCAUUUAUUUCUUUUAGUCCAUUCAGUCUCACUCCUGUUCAUAAAGGUGCCCCUUUUGUAGAUGGCAUGCCAUACUAGCUGUCAGAAUCACUUUCUUUUUUUUAGUUUGGUAGCAAUUUUGUUUUUUUGAAGCCAUUCAUUUAAUGAGUUGAUCAUAAAGCACAGGUGUUGAUGUAGGAUUAAGGUAGGGGUUGGGCUCCUAAAGGUAGAGGUGAUAUACCUUUAGAGGUGAUAUAAUUAUUUGUGACAAGUACCUCAUGCAACGCCUCCUCGGCAAUAAAAAAUAUUUCCCUUUUAAACAUGCCCACAUUAUUUAUAUUUUUUAAUGAGAGUAACAUCAUAAAAACAUCUGAGAUGAAACAGCCCUUAAAUUAUAAGAGAAACAAGCUGGCCUGGAGUGAAAUGAUACACUGUUUUUUGGGUGGUUUUUAAAGAAUUACGUCAAUGUUUUUAUUCCUUUUAAGUUAUUUUCUUUUGUGUGAUAAAUGUGGUUGUUUUAUAACAAAAGUUAUUUUCAUUCCUUUUUUUGCUGACAGGUGAACACAUUCCAAACUGUACUAAUCUCAGAUGGUGUGGUGUCCUUCUCCAUGUUCAACUAUGGAGAAAUCACAUGGAGCACAGGGACAGCGAGUGGCGGAGAUCCUUUAACAGGACUGGGUGGUACCACAGCUCAGGUAUUCUCAUGAUAUCUCAUCAUGUUAUUGGUCUUGAAAUCUCUUCUAAGUGGGAUUAAACAAUUCAGCUCAUCCCCUCACACCUUUCCCCUUUUUAGUCAGGUUUUAAUGGAGGAGACAUUGGUCACUUCUUCAACCUGCCAGGAUCCCGGUCAAAUGAUGUUGUGAACAUUGAACAGACAACCAAUGUAAAUAUCCCAGGGCGAUGGCUCUUCCGUAUAGACACUGAACUGAUAGAUCCUGCAAAUGGCUGCAGCUACAAUGGCAAGUCUGAAAGUCCAGCGUUCAUAACCAUAUUUAUUUCAGCCAUGACUAAGAAAAGUCUAGAAUUUUAAAGUGAAAUUUCUUCUAGGCCUGUUUCUAAAGUAUUUUUUUCUACAUCCAUUUAGGGCGAUUUUACAGACGUGGAGAAGUCUUCUGGCUGUCUGAUCAGUGUUCCCAGAGGUGUCGCUGCCUUGAUAUCGGCAAUGAGGUUCAGUGCCAAGAGGCUCCUUGUGGCCAGCUCGAGAUCUGCGAACAGCAGGAUGGAGCAUUCUACUGCCAGCCUACUCGCACCAGCACCUGUGUGGUGUUUGGAGAUCCUCAUUAUCACACUUUCGAUGGCUUCCUCUAUCACUUUCAGGGAACCUGCUCCUACCUGUUGGCUCGGCCCUGCUGGGAGAUACCUGGACUACCCUUCUUCAGCGUGGAAGCCAAAAAUGAGAACCGUGGGGUCACCUCUGUUUCUUGGCUGAGAGAUGUUACAGUGGAUGUGUACAGUCAUAGAGUCACUUUACCCAAAGGCAGUUUUGGAAGAGUCCAGGUGAGAAUCUGUGGACACUUACAGUAAGUCUUGAAGUAUUGGCCAUCUUUAUGCCUCUAAAAAUGGCUGAAGCAAAAUUAAAUGUUUUGUACUGCUUCUAAACAAUCUGCAACUCUUGGCCUCAUCAAAUUCACAAGUUAUUUGUACUCGGAUUAGAUACGGCAUUUGAGUACCAGGUGCUAUGAUUCAGACUGGGUGUGACAUCAGUAACCUAGGCCUUGGCUCCACCAGCACAAUGUGUCAGUGCCCACAGAAGCAGUUUUUUGGUUGUCCUUGGAAGUUUUGUUACAACUGUUGAUUGAUAUAAUUGAUAUUAUGUGUUUCCUGGUCUUUCUUCUGUUCUUCUGUCUAGGUGGAUGGCCUAAUGAAGACCUUGCCAGUCCAACUCCAGCUUGGUGCUAUUAGGGUUUACCAGUCUGGGCUUGCUGUUGCUCUGGAAACUGACUUUGGACUCCUGGUAACCUACGAUGGCCAACACUAUGCAUCCAUCUCCUUGCCCAGCUCUUAUUUUAACAACACAUGUGGCCUUUGUGGAAACUAUAACGAUGACCCGGCUGACGAUCCUGUGCUACCUGACGGCUCCCUGGCAGAAAGUGUUGUGGAAUUAGGAGGCAGCUGGAGAGCAGAAGACCCAGAUUGGAGGUGUACAGAUGGUUGCGUCCAAAACUGCAGCAUGUGUGACCCUCAAACAGAGGCCUUUUACUUUCGCCCAGACUACUGUGGGCUCAUCAACAAAACUGAUGGACCUUUUAGAGACUGCAGAGCUGUCGUGGACCCUACAGCCUUUGUAUAUAGCUGUGUAUAUGACAUGUGCAACAACAGGGAUAAUAUCACAACACUCUGCCAGGCUAUCCAGGCUUAUGCUCUGGCCUGUCAAGCCAUUGGUGUGACGAUACGACCCUGGAGAUCUCGCACUUUCUGCGGUGAGAUUCAGUUUACACUUUUGCUUCAUCUUACGUAGAUUUUCAGUCUUGUUUCAUCAUUUUUCUCCUUUGCUGUUUCUCAGCUUUGUCUUGUCCGGAGUUCAGCAGUUACCAAGUGUGCACAAGUGCCUGCCCAGCUUCCUGCUCAGACCUCACUGCUCCCUUGUACUGUGCUCACCCUUGCACUGAGGGCUGCCAGUGUGACCAAGGCUAUGUUCUCAGCGGCAGUCGUUGUGUACAGCGAGAAGACUGUGGCUGUGAACACAACGGCCUCUAUUACCCCCUUAAUUACACUUUCUGGGCAGGCCCCAGUGGUGAAGAAGGUGAAUGCACCCUUCGCUGCACCUGUGGACUUGCUGGAGAAGUCACCUGUUUCAAUCAGUCCUGUAAGGAAGGCGAAGUGUGUGCUGCAGAAGUUGGCUUGCUUGGUUGCUACCCUCGAAGAGAGGGCGUGUGCUCAGUCACCCAAAGUUCAGUGGCAUCCUCCUUUGAUGGCACCUUCUUACAGUUCCCUGACGACAGCUCUUAUUAUUUGUUGAAGCUGUGUGCUCCCGUUCCAGCUAAUGGUUCAAUGGUGGAGGUGAAGAUAGGUAGGCGAUUAGUGAGCAAAGGUCCCACUUGGAAAAGACCUGUGGUGGUUACAGUGGCCAACAUGGAAGCUCAGAUGGGAGGGUUAGAUUUUGACACAGUGAAGGUCAGUAUUGUUCUAACAGAACUUUACUUUUGUUGUCCCAUUUCAGCUGCUGGAUAUCUGUUGCUUUGACACUUUUUUAUUGUGUUCCAGGUAAAUGGUGAACAAGUGGCACUACCGUUUGUUCAUCCAAUGGAGACAAUGAUGAUCUACAGAGCACCAGGCAAUGCAACAGUGGUGGAGUCCAGCGGUUUGCUUCGUGUUCACUACACUUACCAGGGAUUCAUAAACAUCUCCCUUUCAACCAUUUUCUACAACGUUACGUGUGGUCUGUGUGGUGUCUUCAAUGGUAAUUCCACCGAUGACCUGCGCCUUCCAAAUGGACGCCUGGCAGAGUCUACUGAACAGUUCACAGAGGGCUGGCGGUCCAUUGCUGAUGACCUAUCGUGUAAUGGUGACUGUGAUGACCUUUAUCGAAUGUGCACAGGCUUGCGUCUUUACCAGAGUCCGUGGAUGUGUGGGAACAUCAAUGAUCCUGGGAAUAGUUCAUUUUUAGCGUGUCAUGCAGUGGUCAAUCCUUCGCCAUUCUUCAGGAACUGUCUAUAUAACAUGUGUGUAAGGGAAGGGAAUCGUUCAGCCCUGUGUUCCUCACUGCAGGCUUACGCCACAGCUUGUCAGGAUGCUCAAGUGGGUCUCGCCUCCUGGAGGAGUGUCACCAACUGCCGUGAGUGUAUAUCGAAGUUUCAAGGGGCCAGGCUUAUAUUUUGGUUGUUGUGCUAGGUAAAGCAAUGUCACAGGACAGGGAAUUAAUCCUACAUUUAAGCAAAGCUGGUCUUACUCCUUCACAAACUGCUGGCAUGGCUACUUGGCAGAGCAAUAAAAGACCCUCUUAUUCAUAUGUUCACUCACAGGGUUGUAACCCUAUGUAUUUCUGAGAAUUGGUUCUCAGAUUUGGCAAAUACACCAUUCUGCCCAAGUUUUAAAGAAUGCCUGAACUUUUCUCUGCUCCAAAUUAACCUACAAUUUAUAUAGUACAUCGAAUCUCAACUCAGGGAUAAAUAAAGUUCUUCUUAUCUUAUCUUACAAAUCAUUUUGUUGGUAGAUUUCUAGGCUGACUUCAAGUUGUGUCUCUAAGCCAGCUUUAUGUUCAGAAAAUGAAACCAGUUGACAUGGCACUUCUUCACCUAUGCAGUGGGAAAAUGAGAUAGGAGAUAAUUAGUCACAAAUUUCUUUUAGGCUUUGGGAUACUCAAAAAUAAAAUAUGAACAAACAAAAUAAAUAGUGAUUCUAACACCCUUAGUAUACAUUGAGUUAGCUGCCAUUACUUUGUCCAAUGGAAAAUCCUAUUAAUAUUUCGCUAAAGAUUUGUCAGACUAAGAUACAGAAAUAAACUCUGAAACCAAAUGGGCUUUCUGACAGCAAACUAAGCACUAAUAAUUUCCAAAUAAAUUGAGAUUACACCAAGGAAAGUACUUUGGUAAAAGUUUGUCAAAAUCAGCUAAAUUAGGUAGAAGACCUGGACUCAUCUGCAGCGGUUGAUAGCCUCGCUCUGCUGUUCCAGUUUCUCAACUGUGGGUCAACUAGGAUCUGCUGUGGCCAAUACACUUAUUAAAGACAAGCCCCCUGUUUAACCUCACUUCACUUUCAAUUACAGUCAUUAAUUCGAUGCUGCCAAUGGGUAUACUAAAGAUCUUUGAAGUCACAAUUCAAUCUUCGAGACAUGAGGUUUUUAAUGCAGUCUUACUUUAAUUUGGAUUUGGUUGUAGUUUUUUGCUUCUCAGCCUCUUACCGUAUUUCCUCUCUCAGCUCUUCCUUGUCCAGAGAACAGUCACUUUGAUGAAUGCACCAGCGCCUGCCCUCUGACCUGCUCCAACUUGGAUGAGCCUGAAGAACCGUGCCCCCUACCCUGCCAGGAGGGAUGUCAGUGUGAGGAAGGGUUUGCUUUGCGUGAUGGCUUGUGUGUGGCACGCCGUGAUUGUGGCUGUAUGAGCCACGGUCGCCAGCUGGCUACAAAUCAGACUUUCUGGACAGACUGGGAAUGCCAGGAGCGCUGCUACUGCAAUGGCUCUGACAACAGUGUGUACUGUCAGUUCGCACCCUGUCACUCAGAGGAGUACUGCCAGGAGAAUGAUGGCCUGUAUUUCUGCCAGCCACGCACUGAGGCCCUGUGUGUGGUGGCUGGUUAUGGACAUUUUCUUCCAUUUGCUGGCGUACCAUUUGAGCUGCAUAGCUCUUGUACUCUCAGGAUGGCCACCACUGAUUGUGGAAGAGAUAGCACAGAUCCCACAAUCAUCGGUGAAUCUUUCCCCCCGUUCAAACUUGCAGCUCGAAAUGAGGAGCGGGACACAGGCCAGGCAAUCUGGGUGAGGGGUUUUGUACUGGAGGUCUAUGGGUAUGAGAUUGAAGUUUCUCGAAGCUACAAGAACACUGUCACGGUGAGUGCGUCUUAAUAAAUCAAUUUAGACAUAUUGAGUAGCUUUGCUGCUCAAUAACGUGUUUUACUCCUGUAACUAGGUGACAGACCUGCAAGUUGCCAUGGCAAAAAAUGAUAGGCAUGACUGAGAAAAGAUGAUUUUGUAUAGACAGAGCAAUGACACGAUUACAGGACAAAACGAGCCAAGACAGCAUGGUCCACAACUUUCAUUAAGGAAGCUGCGGCCUUUUUCAGGGGUUGCUGAAGUCCCUGCCUCCUCCCUUCCUGCUGCUGUUGCUCACACUAAGAAUUUCGAAUCUUACACCACCUUAAGAUGUGACCCAUAAAGGUCACAGUUGUUGUAUUUGUGUGGACAUUUUAUUUCAAAUCAAGCUGAUAGAAUAACCGGGCAGAGAGUGAAUUCCUCUUUGAUUGGCUUAAGGUGGAUCUAAUUUCAAUGGGCAUCUUUUAUCAAGCUGGAUUUGGCUCAGACAAAACCUGACCCUGAGCGACAUUUGGACCGGGUUCACAAACCGACUAAAAGAUCUGAGGAGGAACACAAGUGACACAAAACCCAGCUUGCACAAAUUUUUAUUCUCUGUGUCUUUGUCCUUCAAAUUCAACUAGAUCAGAUGAGAGAGACACAGAAGUCCUUCACUGAGUCUUAAUCGUACCCAUUAUCAUCUGGGUUUCCCCACCAGUCAGUUUGGAUAGAAACAAUCACUUGGUGCUAAAAAUGUCUCUGUAGGAAUGUGCCUAUGACCAUCACUAUCCUGUUUAAUGAAUCUGUCUUCACUCAGGUAAAUAAGGAGCGUUUGUACAUUCCUCUGAAGCUGGGUCCAGGGAAAAUCAACAUCUUCACCUUGGGCAUGCAGCUCAUUCUGGAGACAGAUUUUGGCUUAAAGGUGGCCUUCGACUGGAACACCCUGCUCCUGUUGACUUUGCCCCGUGACCUCUAUAACACCUGCUGUGGGGUCUGCCAGGGCCUCCCGUUAUCCCUACCCACAUUUACCACGACUGACUGGGGCAUGGUAUGGGCAGAGAGGGACACCUUCUGCCAGGUGGGCUGUGGAGACUCCUGCCCACGCUGUGGCCUGGGAGACAAAAGCGACCUAAAUGACGCCCCUGUCAUGGUUGCCGAUGCAAACAUGAGCAGUGACGAAGACAACGGAGCAAACGAAGUCAACACUGGCAUUCGUUUUCACAUUGGAGACGGACUGUAUGUGUUUGUGGAGCCUGAAGCUGUGAGGUUGUGCGGGCUCAUUGUGGAUCGGGCUGGUGUGUUUGCUCGGUGUCACAGUAAGGUGGCGCCAGCGUUCUUUUAUCAAAGCUGUCUGCAGGACACCUGUUUGGAUCAGGGCGCUCAGGAUACAAUCUGUAACUGGCUGCAGAUAUAUGCCAGCACCUGUCAGACCCAAGGAGUGCCCGUUACCGGCUGGAGGAGUGACACACCGUGUGGUGAGUGGACAUCAGUGUCCUUACCUCAAAACAGCACCUCUGAAUACAAAACAAAAAGACUGAUGUUCAGUUGAAUGAUUACUGUGAGAGUAUAAGAAACACAGCUCCACACAGACCUUCUGAAUAUUCCCUGGUAAAUAAGCAGACAGAUGGAUAAUUCAUGAAAGUAAGAGAUUAAUUAUUCGUUUGAAGCGCCAUGAAAUAAAUCUAAAUUGAUACUGGUACAUCUUCAUGACUUAUUAAGGCAAACAAGACCAGCAUUAAGAUGAAUGGUUUCUAUAUUGUGGUUUUUAAUGCCUGUGUGAGGGGGUCGGUGUUAGAUGAUGAAAAGCAUGCAAAAGAAACGGGUCAGCAAAGUAACGAAAUGUACAUCUGUUCCCACAAGGGGGCGCCAAAAGUGGCACAAAUUAAAAGUUACUUACUGGACUUUUAUUCAGGCUAAAAGCAAAAAGGGACAUUUUUUACAGUUUGGUUUGGAUGUGGUUUGCAAUAAAACUUAAGCUGUCUCUAUUUACUAUCAAUCACAAUGCAGUUAAGAUCCAACAUUUUUGAUUCACACACAAUUUGGCCCAUUCUGGGCACUGUUGCAGAGCCUUCCUGCUUUCCGCUGCUGCCAUAAUGGAAACUAAUGACACUACUGUGCAUUUAAAGGUGCAUUUUUCUGUAAUUUAGGGUGUGUUAACUACCUGUGGUUGAAACUAAAGAUAAAAAUCACAGCUUCAUGCUAAGCUAGACUAACCAUCUUCUAAUUGCAGGGUACAGUACAUAGUGAUGAGAAUAUUUGACAAUAUUUAGCAGUCCAAGUCUCCUGCUCACUGCCCUUGUUAGUGAAGCUCCUGACUCUAUCACUGGUGUAUCAGUUGGAUUUAUGACCCAUGUACCCAGGCUGUGAUCCCUUAGCCUGUGGAGCCUUUUCCAGAGCAUGUUGCUUUUAUUAAGGUUCCCAGUCCUGUCUGCUGUCCUAUCCUCCUCCUCUCAACACUUGUCAACAAACAUCAACAAACAUACACCCAUUUGUACCGGAGAAUGUCCAGUGUGUAAGGUGAAGCUGGUGCAGUUUUUAAUAAUCUAAUAACUUUCCCAUCCUGCCCUCUCCCAGUCCAGAGCUGCCCACCUAACAGCCACUACUCCAGCUGUGUAUCAGUCUGCCCGCCCCAGUGCGCCCCCGCCCGUGGACAGAGGGACUGCAGCCAGGACUGUGUGGAGGGCUGCCAGUGUGACCAGGGCUAUGUGCUCAACGGCAAGAGCUGCAUCCUGCCUCAAAACUGUGGCUGCUACACUGAUGGCAAGUACUAUGAGGUCAGUCUCACAUCAAGUCCAUUACAGAGUAUGAAGGUCAAUGUAGUUUUUUUUUAUUCAUCCUCAAAUAUUAGUCUUAAAUAGACUAAUUCUGCAUGUAAUUUUUAGCAGCUGUGAAAUUUCACCCUUUCUGUUUCAUUUGGUGACAUUUAUUACCAGCCAGUCAUUGGUAUAAUAUUUAAGGACAGAUCUAAAGUUUUCUGGUACAAUUCAUAAAGAGUCCAUCACACUAAAGUAGAGUUUUGAUAAGUUUUCUAAACAAGACAAGGAAAAACAGCAAAUUGUACAAGUACCACAGAUAAGAUCUGGUUAAAGGGAUAUUCUGGUGUAAAAUUAAUUUAGGUUAAAACACACCGUAACACUGAGUUAGACACCCCCUAGAAAGAUGAAUGUUGCCGACUGCUUGCGUCUCUAGUUAUACCAACUUUAGUAACAACCGCAGGAUAGCAAUACACAGCGGUCCCAGGAGCCACGCACAAACCUCAACCAAACACCACUCUAUAGCCACAAAUAAUGCUCAGAACAGCACCUAACUUCAUCAACAGUACAUAUAGGGUCCCAGCCAUAGUACUAGCCACCAAACAUCUUUUUAACUUUGCCUGAUUUCUUUGGCAAAGAGACGAGACAGAACUCAGUCCAUUACAGACUGCUGUGGGGUGACGCAGCUCAAGAAAGAACAUUUAUGAUCAUUACUUUAUCAUUUCUUGUAAGUAAUAAUCACCAUAUUAAUCAUUUUGCACUGCAGAUGCAGUAGUUCUUCUGCCUUAGCGUCUCGGUCUGAUUGCAUUUCCAUGAAGUAAUGAUCAUAAAUGUUCUUCCUUGAGCUGCGUCACCCCGCAGUAGUCCAUAAUGGGUCGAGGUCUCGCUACAUACAAGCGGCUGCUGGAAGAGAGUAGGUGAGUUGUGUUUAGUCUCUUUGCAAAAGAAAUUAGGCAAAGUUAAAAAGAUGUUUGGUGGCUAGUGCUGUGGCUGAGACCCUAUAUGUACUGUCAGUGAAGUUAACUGAGCCACUGAGCAUUAUUUGUGGCUAUAGAGUGGCGUUUUGGUUGAGGUUUGUGUGUUGCUCCUCAGACCGCUGUGUAUUGCUAUCGUGCGGUCGUUACUAAAGUUGGUAUAACUAGAGAAGCAAGCGGUCGGCAAAAUUCAUCUCUCGAGGGGGUUUUACCCAAAAUAAAUUUUAUGCUAGAAUAUCCCUUUAAUGUUUGAGAAGAGUUUGGAGUAAUUUUUCCAUUUCCAAUAAUUAAAUUCAUAUCAAUCAGUUGAACAGAUCUUGCCCUGAUUUUGACAGAAACUCUCUAUAUCUCAGCCUAAACAGCUGUUUUGGAACAGUGACUGUACCAAACGCUGCCAGUGCAUCGGACGCAACCUGAUCCAGUGCGACCCCCGCCGCUGUAAAGCAGAGGAGGAGUGCACCCUGCGGUAUGGAGUGAGGGGCUGCUUCGCGCGACGCUCCCAGCACUGCGUGGCUUCUGGGGGUGGAGUUUUCAGGACCUUUGAUGGGGCGUCGCUACGGCUGCCGGCCUCCUGCUCCUUCGUCUUGUCCACUAACUGUCACAAGCUGCCUGACCUCUCCUUCCAGCUCAUCGCCAACUUUGACAAAUGGAGCACACCAAACCUCACCACCAUCUCUCAUGUGUAUCUCUACAUCAACGAGGAGAAUAUUCUCAUCUCAGGAAACACUGUCAAGGUGGGAGAGAGCUGUUUUUUGUUUUUUUUCACUGUAUUGGCUGCAUGUUACCAAGUUGUUGGAUAACACUGAUACUGGAGGAGUCAGUGCUACCUUAAAUAUUAUGGGAAAAGCAUUAUCUCAAUUUAACAGCAUGUCUCUUAUUCAUUGAACCAUUUGUUCUUCUAAAAAUCUCAUUAUUUCAUGUCUUAUUUCUGUCAAAGUACAACUGCUGCUAUCAUCUAAUUUUUUAUCAACAAAAAAUCAAUAAAACUCAUUUCAUGAAGUUGUUUUGGCUCAUCAGGUCAAAUCAAUCAAAUAAAUUGUCCACCUGUGCAGCCAUGCUAACCCUUUUGCUCAUGUAUCUAACGAAAAACUUUUUUUGUUUUUUUCAAUCCUGAUCUACUGUUUGGUUCUGCAGUAUCAAAACAGACAAAAAGUACAACCAAUCUACAGAAAUGAGUACCGUUUCGUCACAAAACCCCACAUCAAAAAGACUAAACUCUUUCUUUGAAGCCAACAGUAUUGCUUGGCAUUGCAAAGACUCAAAAUUAAGCAAGUAUUUUUGUCCUUUUUCCAGUAGAAAUAUUCUAAUUAGACUUGAAAUUACAAUCACCUUUAUAUUCACGUUCAGGAGUUCAUACCAGAUGAAAACAGCUGUAGUUUGAAGACCCAUUUAUUUGGUCUGGGUCUGUUCUGUCUAAGACCAGAGAUCCCAUAAUCAACUCUUUCUUUAAGAGACUCAACAAACAAAUCCUGUUCAAAUCAGUUUUUCUCAUCGAGUACCUGGAAGAGUUAAAGAGACCAAAAAAAAAAAAACUAUUACAAUCAAUCGCCUUGUGGAUUUCUUCCAUUUCAGACUGGGUUAUUUUCUAGUCACAGAGGUAGUCAAUGAUUUGCUGAUUGCUCUCAGCUUUGGCUCUCAGUGAGUCAUGAUCCGGCUUUAUCUAAGCGGGCCAUUCACAGUGAUAUUUCUCUGAACCACCUAUCAAUGGUAAUGUCUUCCAGAGAACACAGAGUAAUAGGAGCUCUGUUCCAGACUGUCAUGAUCUCUGCUUCAGGCGGACUCCUUUCUUUCUUGAGAUAGGGCCUCUUAGUUGAAAGGUUUUGCCGAUAAGAGUUCAUUUUAUGCAGACGACACCCACAUGUACAUUUAUGCCCUUGGUGACAGGGCUUGUGUGUCUGAGUGCCAAGACAUCCUAGAUGUUUUUAGAUCUCUGCUGGAACAAAAUCAGCGCUACAUUUUGAAUCGCAAACCUCCCUUAACUUUAUGUUACAGUAUUUCCUCUGUUCAACCAUUUGAAUUAAAUUCAAGGUCCUUCAGAAUCACAUCCAGAAUAUUUAGAUGUACCUAACAGAUAACAAGAUGAUACAUUUUAAUAUUUAAUAUUAUUACUGUGCCCCUCAGGUCAACGGUACUCCAGUAUCUGUACCGUUUCUUACCGGACUGAUGACUCGUCUGUCCACAUCUGAAGGUUUCAUUGUCAUCGACACCCCUCAGGACAUCCAGGUCAGAUACAACCACUUUAACACCCUCAGCAUCACAAUGGGCCAGCGGCUUCAGAACAAGGUGUGCGGCCUCUGUGGGAACUAUAACGGAGACCCCAAUGAUGACUACAUCACCUCCAGAGGCAAGCCGGCUGUCAGCGCCCUGGAGCUUGCCCAAAGCUGGAAGACCAACGGUAUGCAGAACAGGUGAGUGGGGCUCACUGAGAGUAGAUGUUGGACCCCUAACACUGUACAUGCAAUAGGGCCAGUUUUGUAAAUCCAUCUAAAAUAUACAAGUUAAAUAAAUACUUUAAAAGACUUCUGCUCUCUCUCCUAGUUGUGAUGAAACUCAGUAUGUGGCUCUGGCUCAGUCCUGUGACAACACGGCCGUGGUGGCCCUACAAGGUGAAGACACCUGUCAGAAGCUGACCCAGCAGAAGGGUUUCUUCCAGCCGUGUCAUGGCCUGCUAGAUCCUCGGCCUUUCUACCAGUCCUGCUACCUGGAUGGUUGUUACAAUCACCGCAAAGCUCAGGUCUGUGGUUCGCUGGCAGCCUACGCAGAGGCCUGUCGCUCUCUGGGAACCCUCACCACCAAGUGGAUCACCCAGGAGAACUGCUGUAAGGGCACCGCGAGGCACCAAACCAUUUUCAUCGAGUGGUGUUUCAAAUCUUGACUAAAAUGGAAGGACAAGAGCUAACAUUGUGUGUGACAGCUAACAUUGUGUGUGGACCUGUCUUUAGCAGAAUGGAUCUAUGACCCCUGUGCAGGAGAGAUCUGCACAAACUUCACCUGUGAGCUGGAGAACGGAGGGGACCUGUGUGGCUGCCCGGAGUUACCCACCACCACUGGAGGUGAGUGCUUCUGAAAAUCUGAUAUAAAGUCUUUAAAAUAGUUUUCUAUCACUAGGAAGCUGAGUGGUAAACAAAACCAGUUUGAUUUUGAAAUGACAUUAAAAAAACCACAUCAUCUAGUAGUAAAGGAGUUGGUUUUCUACUGGAUCUGAUGGAUACAAAAUACAUUUAAAUACAGUAUAUAUUGUGUUUUUAUUAAAACAUUUGCUCUCUUUUGAGGAACCGCAUCAAUAGCUUUAACGGUACCACAUUUUGGGGUUUAAUAAUACUGAUCUGAUAGAUUUAAAUAACUCACUUAUGGCUGUCUGUGUCUGGCAGGUGAUGAUGAUAUUAUCCAGGCAGAGGUGACCUGUAAACACGCUCAGAUGGAGGUCUCCAUCUCAAAGUGUAAGCUCUUCCAGCUGGGCUUCGAGCGAGAAGACGUCAGGAUCAACGACGAGCACUGUGCCGGUAUCGAAGGAGAGGACUUCAUCUCCUUCCACAUCAACAACACAAAGGGGCACUGCGGCUCCAUCGUACAGGUCAGUUAGUUGUUUUUUAUUCUCACUUGAAGGAUGGUGCAUGUCAUCUUGUAUAACUGCCAGUAACAGCUUACAAACCAAGAAUUGACGCUGACCUGAUGCUGUAACCAAUAGUUGUACAAAUACACUUCAAACUGCACAAUCUCCUACAGAAAUCAAUUUAUGUUUCCCACAGUUUUGUACUACCGUAAUUACUGUAAUAGGAGCACAUAUUUUGUUCUUCAGCAUCCUUUUUUUUUUUCUUACUGACAGUCGAAUGGCACUCAUAUCAUGUAUAAAAACACCGUGUGGAUAGAGAGCGUGAACAACACCGGGAACAUCAUCACCAGAGACAAGACCAUCAACGUGGAGUUUUCCUGCGCUUACGAACUGGACCUCAAAAUCUCACUAGAGACGGUCCUCAAACCCAUGCUCAGGUCGGUUGAAGAGCACACACUGGUAUUAUAUUCAGUUAGAGUGCAAUGUGGAUAGACAUAACAAGACAUACAUUUCUCCUGCAGUGUGAUAAACCUCACUUUGCCGACCCAGGAGGGAAACUUCAUCACAAAGAUGGCUCUCUAUAAGAACAGCUCAUACCGCCAUCCGUACAGGGAGGGGGAGGUGGUGCUUAGUACGCGGGACAUCCUCUUCGUGGGCGUGUUUGUGGAGGGAGCAGAUGAAAACCAGCUCAUCCUCAUAGUGAACAUGUGCUGGGCCACACCGUCUCGCUACAGCAGUGACAGACUGCGCUACAUCAUCAUAGAGAGAGGGUAAGUGUACACAAACACACAGAAAUACACAGAAAAUCAUCAGCAACAAGAAUGAUCAUUUUACAGCUUAUAUCUAAUUUUUAAUGCCUGAAACUUAAUCUGUAAAUUGAUUGGAAAAAAAGUGUCUAAGUUUGACAGAAAUCUGAUCAGAUUGAUUGUUCAUUAACUCUCUGAUAAAGACAGUAUGAACAUUGACAGACUGUUUUAGUGAGUAUGGUGAUGUUCCUUACCCAAUGACAAACCCUGGAUAUAUAUUUCCCAUUUACUCAUUUAAACACUGGAAUGGACCAAUCUUACAAAUGUCUGACAAUGUUUUUAAUUGAAGUAAAGAUAAAACAGUAGCUGCGUUUACAUGGGCACAAAUAAUCGGAAUAAAUGCCCGAUCGGGAUAAAAAUGAAUCAUGUAAACAUGUGGAUUGGAACAUUCUGAUCCAAUUCGGAUCCAAUUGUAUUCCAAUCGUGAGGGGUGGUUCAUGCCGAUUGUUAUUCCGAAAUGCGUCCAUGUAAACACUUAUUCCGAUCGUGACUCUCUUACCCGACUCGAUCUUUACUCUUUAACCUUUGGCCUUUUCAUUGAGGCCAGUACAGGAGGUUUCAUUGUUAUCACAACCGUAGGUACCGUGUCUGCUCCUCCGGUAACAUAACAAGGCGUACAAACAGCGUAAUGAUGUCACAUCUGCACGCACAGUCCAAGCUUUGACAGGACAGUAAAGUAAGUACGCAAGGGCGCCAUCUAGUGAGAAUAUUUAACAGGGUGAAAACUCCGAAAUUGGAUGGAGUGAACCACUACAGUGUUUGUUGGUUUGUCGGUUUGUUGACAGCACAGGCGUAAAUGCAACUCUUCUUCUGCAGUUGUAUUAGCAAAAUCAGACAACUCUGCACAUGUCCAAAUGCUUCUAAUCUGAAUAAAGCUUGGUGCAUGUAUACGCACGUCAUGAUUGGAUUACUUGAUUUUGCGCCCAUAUUAACAGAGGAUUCCGAGUGUCUGAUCCCUCAAAAUUUUAAUCAGAUCAGGAAAUUUUGCCCUUGUAAAUGUGGCUAGCGAAACAAAUGGGGUUUGAGGAGCUUCUUACUGUCUUUGGUGAGUUUUUCUCUUUGAUGAUAGCAGAUGGACCUUAAAACUAACUUAACAGUAGGCUAAUGACAGUGAAAUAAGUGGGGUUUUUUGUUAUCAUACCCAGCCAAACCUGACAUAAACGUUCUUUUUAGCAGUUCGAUACUUUCUCUUUCUCUCUCUCUAGCUGUCCAAACAUUAAGGACAACACCAUCGGCAUGGCAGAAAACGGCGUUUCACUCACCUGCCGCUUCCACGUCACUGUCUUCAAGUUCAUCGGGGAUUACGAUGAGGUCCACCUCCACUGUGACGUUUCCUUGUGUGACUCAGAAACAAACUCCUGUAAAGUGGUAAGAAAAAUGUUCAUGAAGACUAAAACAGGUGAUGAACAGAUGUUGUCUUCUGUGUUAAUGCGUGUUUGUGCUGUACAUCUAGAACUGUCCACACAAGAGGAGGAUGUACUCAGAGGACAGUAACCAUAAAGAGCACAUACUGAGUGUGGGGCCCAUAAGAAGAAGAGGUUCGUCUCUCUCUCUUUCUCUUUGAGGGUUCUGUUCUGUUUUACUAGUGAUAUGCAAACGUAAUUUGUACAUUUAAAGUCAAGUAAGAUUCAAGUGAGAUGUGACUGGUGGUUCCUUGGGUUGCUGCAAGGCAAUCACUAAAAAUAGUCAUUUAAUUUCAUAUAUCCCAAUGAAUUCGGAUUAGAAAAGUGUAAAAGCACAAUGAACACCUGGCAGGUUAUUCUUAGAGGGUCUACUUCAAGAAUUGUAGGAACAGGAGUGAAGCGAACCUUAUAAACCUCAACAUAUUUUAUACAUAAAACUAGUGAUGAAAUCAUCUUUUCUCGCAUAUUACACAAUAAGCAGUGUAAAGAUUUUCCCUGUAUAACUCUCACCUUUAAUGCUUCAUUAGAAUCUGACUGGUGCGAAGAAGACAACGGAGGCUGUGCGCAGAUCUGCACCAGUAAGACAUCUGGCCCCAUCUGCAGCUGUGUGACAGGGAUGCUGCAACCAGACGGGAGAAGUUGCCGGAGUAAGUUAGCGCGCACACACACACACACACACACACACACACACACACACACACACACACACACACACACACACACACACACACACACACACACACACACACACACACAUUCGCAAGUGCACAAGUAAGAGUUUUAAAGUUUUAACAUUUUCGUGCUUUUUAAAAUAUGAGGAUGACUUUCAAAUAUCAGCGAGCUGAAAAUGAGCUCCCACGUAGUGAGUAUAAGUGGCUCAGGGUACAGUUAGCAUAACAACAUGAUUAAGCGGCUGAUGUUGAGCUACGUUCAGAGCUAUCUAGGGUAACUUAAAGUUCUCAACAGCUAAAAAUCUCAAGUGAGCUAGAUUACACGAUCUGACUGCCACAUAAACUAACUUCAAAGUCAAACAGUCUUCAUCCAAGUCUCAUGUGACUGAAGGGAAAAAACAAUAAAACAUGAAUACAUGGGAUUAUAACUUUAAAGCUUGACCACUGGCUGCUUAUUUGACACAGAGUAGAGUGAUACUCUCAACUGUGAAUGCAAACUACCUGAGCUUCCACCAAAGCUGACAGUACUCAGGUCCAAGUUAUAAGAUAAACAUCCGUGUCUCACUCGAUUGAAGACGCCAAGUAAACUUUGCAUUAAAACACAACAAAAUCCCAAUAAACUGGGUCAUAAGUGGACUAAUAUUGUAUAUUAAAGACCCAAAAAAAGAAUCUGAGAAUGCAGAGUCUUGCAAGAAUAGGAGAUAAAAUUAGGCCACUAUAAACUUAAGCUAGCAUCAUCUUUUUAACAACAGGCUGCAAAAUAUUUAUGUUAGGAUUGACAAUUUCUAGAGUGUAUUUUUUAAUGCUUGUGACAGCUGUGAGGGGGUUGGUACCCUGGAGAAAUGGGCAUAAGCAAAUACUCACAGUGGGCAGGAAACUCUUGUCAAUCAACAUCAGGUUCACAAGGAUAAGAAGAGAAAAAAGCAACAUUGAAAGGGUGACCUCUUUUUUUAAUAGGGUGCACCAAAAUCAACCCAGACAGAAAGUCCCUUACAGCAGCUUUAAACUAGAAGUGUUUUUUCUUUCUUUAUUACACAGUUUGUUUGUCUUGUUUUGCUCUGUGGCAUAGUGUUUUAUACAGUAAGCCCUAGACUUUAUAGUCUCUCCACUUAAUAACACCCUGCUCUGAAAUAUGCCUCAGGAGCAGGCCGUAUAACUCCACCUGACAGUUGUUGGUUUUUAUUACAAAUAGCAUAUAAUUACAUGAUGCUGAAAAGGUGCAUCAAGGAAAUACAACCUGUGCCACAGCACUCUACCUUUUAAGUUGUCCUAAAACCACCUUAGUGUGGAUAUGUAAGUGGCACUGUUAUUCUCAUGGACCUCGGUCCAUUUUUAUUGUAAAUCUUUAAUUUUUUUUUUUUUUGCAAAUAUAAUAUUAUUUUUUAGCUCAGAGAGCACUCUUAACACAAAGACAAAGUCCUAGUGUGUGAGUAAAUGACCUCUUUCUGAGGUCAAAUGGAUAUACCUGCCCUUGCAUUUGCCUAGAAACUAAAAUAAAAUGUACAAACGGUGCAUUCUGGAUAAUUAAUGUUUUCUUGUUUUCUCAGCUGUGAGCUCGAGCUGUAAAUCCUCACCUGCGAUUUUCCUGCUGAGCAUCAGCGCUGUGAUCUGCAUACUCACGGCUCAUAUUUAUACUCUCAUCUCAUAA